GCCUGUUCUCGUGACUCGUCUCCCGCUACGUACUGCCGUCAGCUAGGCAGGAGCGUUCCGGUCUUCUCCGAAGCAUGAUGAGGACAUUGAUGUAUUGUCGCCUGCCGUGGCGUGGCGGGUCGCUAGAAUCGCCCAAUUCUCGAGGGUGAGCUGUGCGGGAGGCAGAUGAAUUGGUUUUUGAGUUUGCGGCUAAGCAGAGGAUAAUCACUGCAAGUCCGGGUCCGCGAUGAUGUCGACGAGUGCGCACCUGGGAAGCCUCAGCGACGCUCCGCUGCGAAAUGGCGGGGUUAUAUGAUCUCCCGUCCAGUGAGCGUCAACACGAAGUAUUCCGUAGCGCGACAGUCCGCCCUGGGCCGCGCUUGGAGAGAGAUAAGGCCUGAGAUGACCCUCUCAAAUUACGACAAAGAAGUCGUGUGUUGCCGAGGCGAGGCCGCCGGGCCAAUUGCACACGUCGCUUUUCAGAUGAUGCGGCGUGGGCUGCAGCGGCAAUCUAGCCGGUGGAGCUAUGGUAGAGCGGAAACACAUGCAAGACCUGGUCAUCAGAUGUCAAACCGACCUUCGGAGCCCAGGAUAGGGUGCACGGCCGGACUGCUGCAGGGCGGUCACGGCCAAAUAGCCAAUAAUGCCCCGGCCUUUGGUCAUGGAGUGGCAGAAAAACCGUGGGGUAGGCCAAUUUUCCAUGCGCAACACGCCGCAGGAGGCAGUGAUGCUGCGCAUACGCAUACGAGCAUUGGUAGCAACACAUGA